GUAAGUGGUGGCACGCUCAUACUUGCUGAUUUUAAAAUCUGGUUUUGGCUCUUCAGUUACCUUGUAGGAGAAGAGCUCUGGGUGGUCAUGGAGUACUUGGCAGGAGGCUCCCUAACAGAUGUUGUGACAGAGACCUGCAUGGACGAAGGACAAAUCGCAGCUGUGUGCCGAGAGUGUCUCCAAGCUCUGGAAUUCCUCCAUUCAAACCAAGUUAUUCACAGAGAUAUCAAGAGUGACAACAUCCUGCUGGGAAUGGAUGGCUCUGUCAAACUAACUGACUUCGGCUUCUGUGCCCAGAUCACUCCUGAGCAGAGCAAACGCAGCACCAUGGUGGGGACCCCGUACUGGAUGGCACCUGAAGUGGUGACGCGGAAAGCGUAUGGGCCCAAAGUGGAUAUCUGGUCACUGGGGAUAAUGGCCAUCGAGAUGAUCGAAGGAGAGCCCCCCUACCUCAAUGAGAACCCCCUGAGAGCCCUGUAUCUCAUUGCUACUAAUGGGACUCCAGAACUGCAGAAUCCGGAAAAGCUUUCACCCAUAUUCCGAGAUUUCUUAAAUCGUUGUCUUGAAAUGGAUGUGGAAAAGAGAGGUUCUGCAAAAGAGCUGCUACAGCACCAGUUCCUGAAAAUUGCAAAGCCUCUGUCUAGUCUCACUCCUCUCAUUAUUGCAGCUAAAGAGGCAGCCAAGAACAACCAUUAAAGUGGUGGAGUCAACACAGUUGUUGUGUCAAGACUUUUAGAUGUUCAUGUCAGAGGCUGAAUUACCUGCCCCUCUCCCCUUCUGCUCCUUCUCCACAAGGGGGGUGUUAAAACCUUGGUCUGCCCUGAAGGGUGGCAGAGGUAUUGUUCGCCGAAUGUGGAAGGGCACCCAACAGGGACACUGCUGAUCUUACACAGUGAACUGUCGUUCCAUCUUCAUGAUGGGGGCAAGAGGG